CCUCUUUUUCCUUUUCUCUUUAUAUACACCUCUUUUUUUAUUGUUAUCAUUAUAAGAAUGAGCAGUCAACCCUGCUUGGAACCAAUGAGUACACAUUCUAGUCAAAACAACACUUCAUUAUCAUUUGAACUCGUCAUAAGACAACAACCCGUUCGGUCUAGGAUGUGUGGCAUAGGUGAACGAGUUGAUCGCAGACCUAUCGAUCCUCCACCAAUAGUAGAGCUAAAAUUAAAGCGAAAAAACGAUGAAAAUAAAAAUCUACUUCAGCUACGCUCGCCUUAUCUAUUUCUUGCUGCGAUUCUUAUUCCCACAAACGCAACAGAAUCAGACGAUGAUAGUUUAUCCCUAGAGUUUCACAGCAGACUGACUGUUGGCCGAAGUGUGUCUUCUUUGUAUCUUCUCAGAGAUCUGGACAAUACAGAAGGUGCCUUUUUUGUGUUUUCAGAAAUGUCUGUUAGAGCAGAAGGAACCUAUCGACUUCGGAUGUCUUUAUUUGAUAUGGAAAGUUCCCAUGUUUGCUUUAGAGAAUCAAUUACAACCGAUGAAUUUAGUGUCUAUUCUGCUAAAAAGGUCAGUAAACCUCUUGUGAUUUUCUUUUUUAGAUAAAAAUGAUAAUCGCGUAUUCCAAUGUUCAUACAUUUGAUCAUAUAAGUUUAUAGUUCCCUGGUAUGUACGAAUCCUGCCCGCUUGCCCGAUCCUUUGCAG